AUGACCUUUUUUGACAUUUUUCCUCUACAGAUACCAUCAAAGAAUGCAGAGGAACGAAUCUUGAAGGCAACGGUAUUAGACAGCGAUCGUGGCAAGCGGUAUAACCUCAUUGGCCAUGCUCUCUUCCCCCUCAAAGAAAUCGAUCUGACCUCUGAUGAGAUGGUAGUUCAAUGGAAGGACCUCACUAAAGAUAUCGAUGACGUUGUUCCUUGUGACGUAGGGGAGCUCCUGAUCAGCUUGUGUUAUAACGAGAAUCUGGAGCGACUCACAGUAACUGUCUGCGAAGCCAAAGGUCUCAAAACUCCCGAAGGCCAAACGGGGCUUGAUUCGUAUGUAAAGUUGAUGUUCAUGAUUGAAAACAAACUGAUCAAGACGAAGAAAACAGUCGCAGUUAAAAAAUCAACAGAUCCCAAGUAUAACGAAUCAUUUCACUUCCGCUUACCCCAAAAAUGCCUAAAUUCUGCCAGCGUCAUUUUGCAGGUGACUGCGUCCGGAGGACCCAAUAAAG